AUGAUCAACACACGCGCCGCCGCUGUGGUGCUCUCCGCCCUCACCCUCGUCUCUGCCCAAGCAAAUUCCAACUCAACCUUUAAGAUCGAUCCCACUGAUGUCGACAUCUCCGAUCGCGUCAACUGGUGUCAAGGACAGCAAGAUAGUUGCGGCACGAUUUGCGGAUCAGUAGUACAGAACGGAUGUUCGGUGGAUACUCUGGAUUUCCAGUGCGUUUGCCAGGGCGGCAAUGAGCCGGAUAUGAACGAGUUCAUGAACACGGUGCCUUGGUUCGUUUGCGAAAGACUUCAGAGUAACUGCAUUACACAAAACGAGAACAACGCUGCCGGCCAAAAGAACUGCACAUCGACAUUUGGUGACAAAUGUGGCACGGAAGAUGUAGACAAGCACAAGGGAGAGGGUAGCGUGAGCACAACUAGCAGUUCUAGUGCAGCUCCUAGCGGAACCGCUACUCCCGCCGCUAGCUCUGCUCCGAGUUCAUCUUCCUCCGAGGCUGCCGCCGUCCCAACCAAUAUUCAAUAUCUUGGAAAUGGUGCCGCCGCUGUGGCUCUUGGCAUGUUCGCCUACAUGCUCUAG